CCUCUCAGCUCGCCCCUCUGAAUUUCACCGGAGCAACACACGUCUCCCUCGCCUGUGACGAAUAAUUUUCACCGAUAAUGGACGCGGGAUUCUUCCGCGGUACAAGUGCGGAGCAAGACAACCGAUUCAGCAACAAGCAGAAGAAAUUGCUGAAGCAGCUGAAAUUUGCAGAAUGUCUGGACAAGAAGGUGGACAUGCACAAGGUGAACCUAGAAGUCAUCAAGCCUUGGAUAACCCAGCGAGUGACAGAGAUUCUUGGAUUUGAAGACGACGUCGUCAUAGAAUUCAUAUUUAACCAGCUGGAGGAGAAGCACCCGGAUAGCAAGAUGAUGCAGAUCAACCUGACAGGCUUCCUGAAUGGGAAGAAUGCCCGCGAGUUCAUGAAGGACCUUUGGCCCCUGCUGCUGAGCGCCCAGGAGAACAUUGCUGGCAUCCCCUCUGCUUUUCUGGAACAGAAGAAGGAGGAAAUUAAACAAAGACAGAUUGAACAGGAGAAACUUGCAUCUCUGAAGAAACUGGAUGAAGACAAGAAGGAGAAGGACAAGGAAAUAAGAGAGAGGGCUCAGUCAAAGAGCCCACGAAGGCGAAAGAGCAGAUCGCCAUCACCGAGACGAAGGUCACCAGUGAAGAGGGACAGGAAACGCAGCCCGUCUCGCUCCCCACGACGCAAACCCAGCCCAGUCGGCGGCAGUUCGCCCCCUCCUCCCCUCAUGCAGCUGGCCACCAAACCUGUGGAGCAGCCCGCAGAGCCGGAUACAUCGGGGAGAGCGAUGCCAGAGCCAGUCGUCCAGGAAGCUUCCUCCUCCAGUGAUCCACUUGUGGAGGUGGCUAAGGCUGACUCGGUGGCUGAAGUCAAAGAAUCUUCCCCUGAGAAAACUCACAAGAAAGAAGAAAGACCUCGUUCUCGUGAACGGGAGAAGGACUCCAGGAGGGACAGACCUCACCACCGCUCUCGCUCUCAUUCCCGCUCGCGCAGACGACGCUCCCGUUCCAGAUCUUACUCCCCGAGGAGACGACCAAGUCCCCGGCGGAGGAUGUCUCCUCGUCGAAGGAGUCCUCCCAGACGUGGUCCCACCGGCUCCGGCUCCGGCUCCAGACACAGACACAGGCGCUCGCCAGUCCGCAGAAGGCGCACUCGCUCUGCUUCGUCCUCUGGCAGCAGCUCCUCUGGCUCACGGUCCCCUAAGAAAGCAGUGAAAAGAAUAUCCAACACCCCACCUCGCAAACAAUUCCAUCAUCUGGACACAUCGAUCAGCCCCGCGGGGAAGGAGAGGCGAUCCCCGUCCCCGCGGGCCAGAAGAGGUCGAGGCUCAGCUUCCCCGCCCAGAUCAUCUGGUUUUAAGCGGAAACAGGGAAGGCCUGAUUCUCCGGAUACUCUGAAGCCAGUCAGACCAUCUGAAGGGUCUGAGUCGGAGGACGAUAAAAAUGAGAAAGGGGCAACGGCAGAUUCGGUGCAGCAGCGGCGUCAGUAUCGCCGACAGAAUCAACAGUCGUCUUCAGACUCAGGAUCUUCCUCUUCAGAAGACGAGGCGCCCAAGAGGCCGGCGGCAGGGCCGCCCGCCAGAAAUGGUGAAGUGAGGAGGAGACGCAGCCGCACGCCCUCUCCCCGGAGACGGCACAGAGAUGCUUCGCCACCAAGGAAGAGACGUUCUCCUUCUCCUGCGCGCAGACGGCGCUCCCCCUCCCCCCCACGGCGCCGCAGAUCUCCGUCGCCUCCUCCAAGACGCAGGUCUCCGUCUCCACCGCCUCGCCGUAGAUCUCCAUCCCCGAGGCGAUACUCCCCCCCGAUCCAGCGCCGCUAUAGCCCCUCGCCUUUACCUCCGCAGAAGAGGAAGGUGUCCAGUUCACCUUCAAAACGUUCCUCGCCAGUAAACAAGCGUCGCCCGUCGAGGUCUCCCAAACGCAGAAGCUCUCCAGCCCCGAGGAGACGCUCGCCCCCCUCCUCCACGUCUCCGCCCAGGCAGAGGAGGAGCCCCAUGCUGCCCUCCUCCCGGCCGAGCAGGGACGCUCGCUCCCCCGUUGCAGCUUCCAGACGCCUCUCCCCGUUGCCUGCCAACCGCGGCCGCACCGUUCGGGGCUCCAGCAGUCCCCAGGGCCGUUUUACCUCCAGCAUAUCUCCAUCUAACCAGCGCAGGCAGCAGUCGCCCUCACACUCUAGUAAACUCAUCCGCAGAGUGUCCCGCACCCCAGAGCCGCGCAACAACCAGAGACCCUCUCCGAGCCCGCAGCCUAUAAGGAGAGCGCCCUCCAGAUCCAGAUCGGUCUCCCCUCAGCCAGUUGCUCAGAAACGUCCAGCCCCGGUUUCUGCCUCCCCCUCGCCGUCGCGCUCUGCCAGUGGCUCUCCUCCGCCUCCUGCCAAAAAACCCAGCAGUGGCUCCGCCAGCCAGUCCCCAAACAAGAAUUCGGAUGCUGACGUCAGCGGAAAGAAAAAGAAGAAGAAGAAGGAGAAGAAACACAAGAAAGAGAAGAAGCAUAAGAAACACAAGAAGCAUAAGAAGGAGAAGAGCAGCAGCGCCGCCGCGCCUGCAGACGGACAAGAGAACCAGGUGGCGGAAGAGGACGGUGAAUCCAGGAAGGAAUCGGAGAGUGAAGUCGACGACAGCUUGGACGACCUGGAAAAGCACCUAAGAGAGAAGGCUCUGCGCUCCAUGAGGAAGGCCCAGCUGUCUCCAUCACAGAUGUCCUGAAAACAAGGGCGGCUCCCUCUUGAAUAUUUUCCUCUCACUUUUGAUGUUUGCCAUCAACCUGGUUCAGCUUUAGAAUGUUCAAAUUGUUGAGAUCUGAAUCCUGUUUUUCUUUCUACCGGUUUGGUACAGUCUGAAGAGUGUGUUUUUUCUUCAAAGAGCUUGAUUUGUUGGUUAGUGUUACCUAAACUGUAAAGAGGCUUGUGUUGUCCAUAAUUUUUUUUUUUUUAAUUGUUGAACAGGGAAACAGGUAAAGCUAAUGUUUUGAGUUGGGCAGGUUGAUAAUAUUUUCCACAGUCUCCAGUUGUAUCCAUUGAGGAAACGAUUGCAUGUGCAGUGAUUUGUCUCUGAUGUGCAUGAGCCACAGACUUUUGAAGCGAAGGGGGAGAACCACCAGACAGCAACAUGGUGACUGUUGCUCUCAGUGCUGGGAAACCAUCACACAGCUGUGAGUGCUCUUAAAGAGGCAGUAACAGAAUGUUUCGUCCAAUAUUGUAACUUCAUGUUUGGCAACUUCUAACCUGUUUUUUUUUUUUUUUUUCUUAUUCUGCCUUCAAAUUUUAUUUUGAAGACUAAAAUGAUCUGAUGCUUAAAUUUUCUUCCAAACUGACUGAUAUGCAAUUUCAGUUGUACCCCUGUACCAAGCUAAUCUUUGUGGGACUGCAAUAGUAUGAUUUGUAUUUAGUAACCUUGGCUCUUGUCACCUUGUCAUCCUUUCAGAAAUAAAACCUUUUUAUAGGA